GCACAGACUUUUUGUCAAGAGUAUCAAUACACGCACCUUGGGAACGCUCGUCUGCAAACUAAUGAAUCACAGAAAAUGUCGGACACGGGAAAUGAAUGGCAGGUGGCGCGGCGCCGUAAAGGAGCAGCGCACAGGAAAUACAAGCCUCUUCAGACUGCUUCAACCAUCAAAGAUGUGCCAAACACCACAAAGACUAUUCACCGGAUCAGAGAAACCAUAUCCGAAUUGAAGUGUGAAGACUUUUGGCAAGAGUGGAAAGAGCUACUGUGGGUGGCAAGAUCAACACUCCCUUCAGACCCAUCAGUCGAUGGAAAGGCCACUGAGAUCCCUUCUAACCAUCAUAAGAGGCGUGCAGAUGGCAAAACAUGCCGUAAUAUGGAGUGUGUGUGUUAUGGUCUGGGCUCUUUCUCCUCCUGUGUCUCUGCUCGGUAUCAGCUCGCCAUGUUGCUACUUCUGCUUGACAAACUACAGAUACCACUGAAGCACUGCUUUGUGUAUGAUCCUGUGUUCUCAUCAGGAGAAAGGGAUGUAUUGUCAGAACUUGGUCUUACCAUACUUACAGAGAAUGAGGAGGGGAAGCGGUUGACGACUAGCCCCACUCUUUUCUACCUGAUGCAUUGUGGCAAAGCCCUUUACAACAACCUGUUGUGGAAGAACUGGAGUAGAGAAACACUGCCUUUGUUGACCAUUAUAGGGAACAGUUUCUCUGGUAUACAGGACAGAAUGAUUGAUCGAGAAUUCCAGCGGGACUACAGCUAUAUCUCUCAAGCUGCAGCUGUGUGUGAGGAGAGACCCCUAAACUGCCCACCCCGUCUGAUUGAUGUCUUUAAUGACACAGCCAUUAUCACCUUCCCUACAAGUGGCCUCAACAAAUUGCCACAGUCAUCCUGGGCAGAGCCGCCUGAACCACAGUACCAACACUGCCCUGAUCUAGAGAUCAUACUGAGAGGAGACAGAAAAGAACAAAAUACUUGAGCAUUUACCAACUCCUUUUUUUUUGGACCCCCCCUUUUCUCCCCAGUUGUAUCCAGCCAAUUACCCCACUCUUCCUAGCCAUCCCAGUCGCUGUUCCACCCUCUCUGCCGAUCCGGGGGAGGGCUGCAAACUACCACUUGCCUCCUCCGACACGUGGAGUCGCCAGCCGCUUCUUUUCACCUGACAGUGAGGAAUUUCACCAGAGGGACGUAGCACGUGGGAGGAUCACGCUAUUCCCCCCAGUUCCCUCUCCCUGCCGAACAGGCGCCCCGACUGAUCAGAGGGAGCGCUAGUGCAGCGACCAGGACACAUACCCACAUCCGGCUUCCCACCCGCAGACACGGCCAAUUGUGUCUGUAGGGAUGCCCGACCAAGCCGGAGGUAACAUGGGGAUUUGAACCGGUGAUCCUCGUGUUGGUAGGCAACGGAAUAGACCACUACGCCCCUAGCAACUCCUUUUUUAAAAUUAAUCAGUCAAGUUUCAUAACAGUGACACAUUUGAAGUACUUGGCAGUUGAAUUUAUCCCAAAUUUGAGUGCUGCUGAACAUCUUGCAAUUGAUCUAUUGACAAUUAAGGAGUCAGACAUCAUCUACAAGAGAAUCCCCCUGACCCACCUUUUAUCUAUCAGACAUCUCCUCCUCCUGCACCUGAUUCUCCUCAAUCUGCCACUUCCAACAACACAAUCAAGCUUCAGUAGAUUCCUACUAUCCCUCAUGUUUACUGAAAACACAAGGGCAAGAAUAUUUGACAUUAUAUACUUUUAUAUAUGCAUUUUUCUAUGGAAAAAUGAAACAAAAACAAAAGAUCACUAAUUUCUAUUCCAACUCUAUCAAAUAAAAAUGUUUAUUCUGGUAUCUGAAGACAAAAAAAAAAAGCUGUAAAAAGGUGGCAUGGUGGUGCAGUGCUUAGCACUGUCACCUCACAAGAGCGAGGUUCCAGAGCCAAGUCCUGAUCGAGGUCCUACAUGUGUGGAGUUUGCACCAUGUUUGUGUCUGUUUCCUUCCACAUCCAAAGACAUGCAUUGUUAGGUACUGCUGUUAGUGUUUCGGACCAAGGCAUGGGCCUCAAAACUUGGGUGUUGGCUCCUGGGCAUCAAAUUUGGCUGCCCACUGCUGCUCGUAAUAGUAGGAUCUCCCAAACGCACAGACUGAAUCUCAUUGGGAUCGAUAAAGACUCUCUUCUUCUAAUUGAUACAAGGCUAAAGUAUUACUUCUUUUGACACAACCUACUCCACCUUAUUUAAAUGGUAAUGAGAUCUUUAUCUGCUGCGGAAAGCUCUGUCUUUUUUUUCCUCAGUUAUGACUGAAUGCAUUUAUUCUGAAUUGGUAAAUUAUACAGAUUUUAUCUUUCAUAUUCUAAGUCCAAAAUGUGUUGAUACAAUAUCUUUAAAACUUUGUUGAAUUACAUGAAAAAUUACAAUAAUG